AUGUUCGCCACGCGCAGCUCGCGGAGGUUCUACGCCGUCGCCAUCACCCUCACCGUCCCAUCCUGCGUAGCGAUAGGCUACUACCUGCGCGACACGACCGACUCCUCCAACGCACUCAUCUCGGCCUCGCCAACACUCACCGCGACCGGUCCCCCGACUGAACCUGUCCGUCUCAAGCCGGGCGAACGCGCGCAGUUGGUCAAGGAACGGUUUGCGGUCGAGGAGAGGCUGGGAAAGCUGAGAGGGAAGGAGAGGGAGUUGGAUGCGGAGAUGGACGAGCUGGCGAGGCGGCUCGAGAGGGUCAAGGAGAGGGAGAGGGAGAAGGAGAUGGGAGCGACGGAGGGACGAUAG